AUGGAAGCGAUAAAUAAUAAGCACUAUUACGUUUUCAAAGCAUUUAUUGUUGAUGAAUUAUGGAACUCAUUGAGGAAUGUCUAUCUACAAGCUAUAGGUCUUUCUCGUAACUCAUCAUCGUCACAUAAUGCAAAAGUAUCCGAUCUUGAGAAUGUCGACUGCCUCCAGCAAACGUUCACUGAACAAGAUCUCAUUAACUGUUAUUACCAGGAGUUCGGUAGGCUUUUGAAGCACUCUCGUAUAACUUCAAAUUUAAAUUGUUCAUGCGAAUUCGUCGCUUGUGAUCAAACUCUUGAUAAAUUGACCUGUAUCAUUUUCGACCGCCUAGCUACACUGUGCCUUUAUCAUUGUGGAAUUACGGUAUAUAGUCAUGCAUCUUUAUACCAUGUUUUAUUCAGUGAAGAACAUUCAGUUUCUGUAAACAAUUGGUCGAAAUUUUGGCUAAUGCCUAUGAAAAACUUUAUGUGA